CAAAGCGAAAAAUCUGAAUCUCACGUGUGUGUGUGUAUGUAUGUAACAUCAUCAUUUGAUACAACAAACAACAAAAAAGACAGGUGUACGACAUUGAAACUUUAUAACGAUAAUAAUUGAUGAUGAUGGCAGUGGUGGUGGCGGCGGCGGCGAUCUUGUUUCUAUUUUAGACAAUUUUAAUGAUAAAAUAACUAACUAACUACACACACACACACACAAUGAUGUAAAGAAGUACAAAAAGAAGGAUGUGUGUAUUUGGUAGAUGUGGAUGAGGAACAAACAAAACAAAAACAUAUCAUCGUAUAUAUAGAAAUGGUGUAUAUUUGAGAUUCUCUCUCUCUCUCUCUCUCUCUGUUUUUUUUAUCGAUACUUGUGGAAAAGAAAUUGUUGUAAAAAAAGGUUUUCACUUUUUGUUGUCAUCAUUUUUUUUUGGGUUUAUUGUUUUAUUUUACUACGACGAAAAUAUAUCUUGAUUUGUUUUCUUUUGAUCUUUUGUUUUCCGUCGAGAUUAAACAACAAAAACACAAUUGUUUGGUGUUUCUUUUUUGUUGUUGUGUAUUGUUUUUUUUUUUAUUGUUGUUGAUUUCAUAAUCGGUCAAUGCAUAUUUAUUAUUUGAUUAUCAUUUUUUUUGGGCUCGACGAAAUUAUCAGAAAACUAAACGAAAAAAAAUGAAUAAUCAAAAUUUGACCAUCGGUAAACGUAUCGUAGUAGAUAAUUUGCCAACAUCAUUUAUUGAUGAUCCAGAUUCCUAUAUGGUUGGUGAUCGUGUAUGGGUACAAGGUAUUAAACCCGGUUAUAUUGUCUAUAUUGGUGAUGUACAAUUUGCUCGAGGUGAAUGGGCCGGUAUUGUGUUGGAUAAACCGGAAGGUAAAAAUGAUGGUUCCGUUCAUGGAGUACGUUAUUUUCAAUGUCAACCAAAUCAUGGUCUAUUUACACGUCUACAUCGUCUUAGUCGUUAUCCAAUCGAUGUUGUAGAUGUUAAUAAUAAUCCAAUUAAUUUGACCAGUAAUAAUAACGAUGAUAAUGAUCAAAAAACAUCGACAUCGUCUAAAGCGAAAACUGGAUCACCAUCAACAACAACAACAAGUACAGUACGUACACAACGUUUAUGUUCAGCUGAUGGUAAAGUAACAACAACAAUAACACGUGUAACAAAAAGUCCAAUACAAAUUCCACAUUAUAUGUUGCCGAUAAAACCGACAAAAGUGAUUACUACAGUAACAACAACAACGACAACGAUGGAAAAACCGAAACAACAGCCAGCACAACCAAAAUCUGUAUUGAAAUCAAGUUGUCGAAUAUCUUCAUCAUCACCGUCAUCAUCGGAAAAUCGUCGUAAAUCAAAUCAACAUCAUGUUCAUUUUUGAAAAUUUUAUUGUAAAAAAAUAUUUAAAUUUAUUAAUCGAUUGAUC